CAGGUAUAGCAAGAUCGUUGGCCUUGAUCCAUCAAUUUUGAGAUUCUCCUGGGAGGCUACCAGCAGGGAUGAGCUAGAGUAAAUGUCUAGGACGGAAAGACGCAUGCGUUCAACGAUAUCAGCGUCGACCGGUAUUUUGAAGGAGAAGGCAUCAGCGGACUUGAGUAUUGAUUCAGAAAUGAGCAAAUGGAUGACCGAGUUUGGUGAAGAAGAAGCGCGGAAACUCGCCAGUUGGGUAGAAGCCGCGAUGCCAGAUUACAUUUAUAUGAGGGCAAGACGGCUGGGCCCAGUGUGACGAUGGACAGAAUGCUCUAUUGGUAAUGCAGUACCUUGGGUAGCCUUUUGUAUGACCAUAGCAGUCGAGAGGUAAAGAAAUGAGUCGCGAGCGGC